CAAAGAUAAAAGUUGAAACGUUGAAGAUAGGGACAUUGGUGGAGCGAGCACCAGCCAAGUGAAUGCAGGCGCGGUCUGAGCUCUAAGUCUAAGUUCAGACCGAGCAUUCGUCCUGGUUUUUAUGCUGGCAAGAGACAGGGCACAACCUUAGCUUGAACCACCAUCAUCUCUCCACCCUUACUUGUUUUCCUCGUCUCACAAUCAUCCCGCCACCUUCCGCCCCCCUCACCUCGUCGCAAAUCAUCAUGAGCUUCACCACGUUUUUCGAGGACAUCUUCGGCAGUGUCCUCGUCGAAGAUGAGUUCGUCGAGCAAAGCAAACGAUGCCCCAAGGAUUGUGAGCAUUGCUCGCAUACGAUCCUCAUGCAGGAACUGGAGAUUCUGGCGCUCCACACUCAGGCUUCCCAGUCCAAGAUAGCUGAGGAAAGGGACGCGCUGCUCGUGCGUGUCGCCGAGCUCGAGGCGAUCGUGGAGAAGAGCGAGCAGGAGCAAGUCCAGGUCCAGGUCCAGUGUACCCAGAGUACGUACUUCGGCAGUCAACUCGAGACUAUUAUCGAGGAGACCUCCGCCGAGCUCGAGGCGGAUGCAGAAGGCAACAUCACCGUUCUAGCAUUGCAGACGUGCAACCUGCGAGAACUGGAGCUGGUGCCCAAUGCUCCUCCGAGCGACGUCUCGGUCACCUCGGACGAAGAUACCUCUGGCGUCAUGGCCGACCUUUCGUCCCUCCAUCCGUACUCUGAACCCUUCACCCUCGACGGCGCCGAGGCGGCGGCCCUUUUCGCAUCCUUUGCCAACUACGACCCCGUUCUCGCUCAUGAGCCGUCGAUCCGCCCGCCACCGAACGGAACUACGGUUGCGAUCGGCAGCCCGCCGAUGAAGUCGGUCGACUUUUGGAACGAACGCGUUUCCGAAGAAAGGCACGAAUUCGCGGAUACGGUGCUGCAAAAGGUAUGGAAGAAGCCGCUGGAGCCGCAGUCACACGAUUUCUCCUUGGAACGCGGGAGGAAGGUGAUGGUCUUCGACGAGAGUGCACCUGAGAACGCGCAGGCGGGCAAGGGCAAGAGCAGGGGUGGAGAUGCGGGCGCGCACGCGUACGAGGUGAUGGCAGUUCCAGGACGUCCGCAUACAAUACAUGGGGAUUGGGAUGCGCCUGAUUUCAGCUCGGACGAGGAUGAUCACGGGCGCUUUGAUGACGCCUUCGUGUGGAUGCAACCCGUUGACGAGGCGGCGAUAGGACCACUCGGGCCAUCUACCCUGGCGAACAUUCUGCAGGGAAAUGCGGCCCGCCGUGUGGUCGCUACGAGGGAAGAAGAGCCGGCGAGGAUGAGUCUCCCGUCGACGCCGUUGAACGUGGUGGCUCAGGCGAGCACUAGUCGGGGUCAACGACGGGACGCAGACGUGGGAUCCGCGAUAAACCCAAAGACUCCAGCCCGCCAGCCACUUGGCGAACCAAAGACCCCAGCACGGCAACGAGUCCGCGAGCGCGAUGAUGCUCAGCCGUUUUCCCCACUGGCGCGUCUUCCUCAAGAGCCCGGAGCAUUCGUACCGAGUCCGGAGCCCCUCGAUAUGUUCGAGUCAGUCAUCCAGAUCGGACACAGAGAGUGGAAGAACGACCAUCUGGAGCCUACUGUCGAGUUCCUGAUUAGCAACUCGGAAGCUGCGACGUCCACCCCUCGUGAAACACUCGGAGGCGCCGCACUCCCUACACCUUUUAACUUGGAAGGAGUUCACGAUAUGGGUAUACCAGGCCUGACCUUCAAUAAUGAGGCCGACCUUCAAGAUGUAUCGGAUGGUUCGUCGCCCGCUACCUUGGCAGAGGUCUCUGGCGACGCUGCUUUUGAAUCUUUCAUCUCAAACGGCACUCAGGAUAUGGACAUGGCGUCUAUCGUACACGAAAACCUCGCUGAUGGUGACGCGUUCGUGAUCCAGAGCGAAGAAGUAAACGAGUGCUCAAACGAGGGGUUUUCGGACGACUCGUUCCACUCCACUUUGGAAUCGCUCUCACAUAUGUCGUUUAACUCCUACAAGAACGAAAGCUUGGAUGCUUCCGCCGACUCGGACGACGAUGAAGGCUCAGACGCCUCGUUCGACUCGAACAGAGAUGAAUGGUCGGAUGAUUCGUUCUCCUCCUCGUCUGGGGAUGAGCGCUACGACUCCUUCGACUCAGCCAGAGACGAAGGGGUUUCGGUAUACCACUCCUUCACUCUAGACUCUCCCGACUUUUCCAAUAUCAACUCCAUCGAUGACCCGCUCGCAGCGCCGCUCGAUCCCCGUGACCUCGAGCUCGAGCUCAAUCUCUCACCCUCUCCUCCUCCCGCUCCCUUUCCCUCGUCUUCUUCCGACGAAGGACAGGCACGAUCGCUUAACACCGUCGAUUGGCUCAUCGCCUCGCUCAGAACGUUCACACCAGCAGAGCUCGCGAGCUUCUCGCAGCGUAUCGUCCAGCCUCCGCGCCCGUGGUGGCCGCAUUACGACCUGAUCAUCGGGUACCAGGGGAUGAGUCCGGAAGAGUUCGGGGAGGUUGCGCAAAGGUUGUUGACAGAGCCGCAGGUGUCAGAGAAGCCCAUGACGACUAUUAGAUUUUAUGCUCCAGCGCAGAUCUAG